AUGUCGCGUGAAGGUUUCCAGAUCCCCACCAACUUGGAUGUUGCUGCCGCUGGGACGUCCCAGGCCAGAUCGGCCACUUUGAAAUACAUCUGUGCCGAAUGCUCCAGCAAGUUAUCACUAUCAAGAACGGACCCAGUGCGUUGUAAGAACUGUGGUCACAGAAUUCUAUUGAAGGCCAGAACGAAGAGAAUGGUCCAAUUCGAAGCAAGGUAA